GGGGAAAAACAACCGGAAUCAAAGGGAGACGUGAACUGCGUCGUCGCGUAGUCGAGCGGGCCCGAACUUGUCAACCGUGUGCCUUUGCCGACGCACCACGCCAUCCCCUCCUCCCAGCGUGCCGCUCGCCCACCCUCCAAAUCCCAAAUCCCACCGGCCACCGCACCACCGCCGCCGCCUCCUCCCCCAGAUCGCGCCACCCACACGAUGGCCGCCUCGCCGUCGCCGCGCGCCGCGGCGCUCCCGAGGCGCCCCGCGGCGGUCCUCCUCCUCCUCGUCCUCGGCGCCGCGAUGCUGGUGCCCCCCGCGGCGGCCGAGAUCCGGGAGACCCUGAUCCGGUCCGACCCGCGGAGCAUCAUCCCGCUGGACGAGUUCGGCUUCUCCCACUCGGGGGUGCUGGAGCUCAACGUCUCCGGCAUCACCUUCGACCCGCCGGCCUCCGCCGAGCUCGACCUCUCCCAGCUCGGCUUCUUCCUCUCCACGCUCGACGCCUGGGUCCACGUACUCCGCCAGCUCCAGGACCUCGACGUCACCUGCGCGCUCCAGUCCGAGUCCGUCAAGCUCGCCUUCACCUUCGACCGCCUCCGCCCGCCCUCCAACCCCGCGGGAGUCGAGGUCGCGCGCUCCUCCUCCUUCUCCACCGCCUUCCGCGUCUCCGAGCCGGGCCAGUACACGCUCGUCUUCGCCAACUGCCUCGGCGGGGGGCUCAAGGUCGGCAUGGACGUCCGCUCCGCCAUGUACAACGUCGACCCGGCCACCGGGGACCGCCAGUACCUCUCCGCGGGGGCUUCCUCGCUCCCCUCCAUCUACUUCCUCUUCUGCCUCGCCUACGCCGGCCUCGCCGCCGCCUGGGUCGCCAUACUGCUGCGCAAGCGCGCCGCGGUCUUCCGGAUCCACUACUUCAUGCUUGCCGUCCUCGUGCUCAAGGCGCUCAACCUCCUCGCCGAGGCCGAGGACAAGUCCUGCAUCGAGCGCACCGGCACCGCCCACGGAUGGGACGUGCUCUUCUACAUCUUCAGCUUCCUCAAGGGGAUCUCGCUCUUCACGCUCAUAGUGCUCAUCGGCACCGGCUGGUCCUUCCUCAAGCCCUACCUGGCCGACAAGGAGAAGAAGGUGCUCAUGGUGGUCAUCCCCCUGCAAGUCGUGGCCAAUAUUGCGCAGGUGGUCAUCGACGAAUCUGGACCCUAUGCUCGGGACUGGGUCACCUGGAAGCAAAUUUUCUUGCUGGUCGAUGUGGUCUGCUGCUGCGCCGUGCUCUUCCCCAUUGUCUGGUCCAUUAAGAACCUCCGGGAGGCUGCUCGCUCAGAUGGGAAGGCAGCUGUGAACCUCAUGAAGCUGACUCUCUUCCGCCAGUACUAUGUGGUCGUCAUUUGCUACAUUUACUUCACGCGCGUUGUGGUGUACGCAUUACAGACCAUCACCUCAUACCGGUAUCUGUGGACCAGCGUCGUGGCUGGCGAGCUUGCCACACUUGCCUUCUACGUGUUCACUGGGUACAAGUUCCGGCCUGAGGUGCAUAACCCAUACUUUGCGAUCGAUGAUGAGGAAGAGGAGGCUGCAGCUGAGGCACUCAAGCUGGAUGAUGAAUUCGAGCUAUAAGGGUUUAGGGAUUGGCAUCCUCCUUCAUUCCAGCGGUGAUAUUGGUGUUGAAUGGGCCACCACAGGAAAAAGGGCAUAGACUGGGUGCCUCUGUUACAAGGUCUGAGAUUAUAAGUCACUACUCUUCUCACUUUGUAAUUCAAGUCUGUCCAAGUUUUGAAUAUUAGAAGAAAGAGGCCAAGUUGUAUUAACGUUUGAACUGCUUUGCUGGAUGUGUUUUAAAAAAAUGGUGUUAGAACUGUUGUAUUUCUGGGAUAAAGAAAAGCAGGUGUUUUACUUGGCAAUGGUAGAUUGUUAUUGGAAGGCUGUUCUGUCUUGUUUCAGUUAGGUAAUCUCUGUCGGACAUAAUUAUCCAAGGUAGCCCCUUUUAUCAUCUAAGAUGCAGUGAUAUUUUGUCAGCUGACAGCUCGAGAAUUCAUGUAAUGAGGACUCUUUGAACAUCUUCUUGAUUUGGUCUUUUCUUUAUGAUAAGAUUUAAUUUAUGGCAUCAGACAUUACCAUAUUGCAAAACUCAUAUAAUAGUAAAGGUUCGGGCUCAGUUUUUUA